UUCAUUUAUUUAUUGAACGCGAAACAGAAUAAACGUAAUUUUAAGUGCAAAUUUUUUCACAAAAAUUAAAGAACUGCAUUUUAAGCAGACGUGGCCAGAAAAAAACUAAAUUCCUUUGUGUUCCAUAAGUGAUUAAGAUAAAUAUUUUGUUAAUUUUAAUACAAACAACAUGAAGUAUUUGUUCUUAUUGGGAUUGUUAUUAUUUGCGGGUUUUACCCAAAUAAGAGCCGAAGAUGAUGAUACUGCUACUGAAAAAAUUGAUUUAGAUUUGGGCUCAUUCAAAGAAGGUUCUAGAACCGAUUCCGAUGCCGUUCAACGUGAGGAAGAAGCUAUUAAAUUAGAUGGUCUAAAUGUGGCACAAAUGAAAGAAAUUCGCGAAAAGGCUGAAAAGUUCAAUUUCCAAACAGAAGUUAAUCGUAUGAUGAAACUCAUCAUUAACUCUUUGUAUCGCAACAAGGAAAUUUUCUUGCGUGAAUUGAUUUCAAAUGCUUCGGAUGCCAUUGAUAAGAUUCGCUUGUUGGCUUUGACGAACAAAGAUCAAUUGGACAGCAAUCCUGAGCUUAACAUACGCAUUAAGGCCGACAAGGAAAACAAAGUAUUGCACAUUAUGGAUUCUGGUAUUGGUAUGACGCACCAGGAUUUAAUCAAUAAUUUGGGAACAAUUGCCAAGUCUGGUACUGCUGAUUUCUUGGCGAAAAUGCAAGAUCCUACUAAAUCCGAUGGACAGGACAUGAAUGACAUGAUUGGUCAGUUCGGUGUUGGUUUCUAUUCAGCUUUCUUGGUAGCCGAUCGCGUUGUUGUGACCACCAAACACAACGAUGACAAACAAUACAUUUGGGAAUCGGAUGCCAAUAGUUUCAGCAUUGUUGAAGAUCCUCGUGGUGACACUUUGAAACGUGGUUCCAUCAUUUCAUUGUACUUGAAGAACGAAGCCCAGGACUUUUUGGAAGAAGAUACUUUGCGUGAAUUGAUUCGUAAAUACUCUCAGUUCAUCAACUUCCCCAUUACGUUGUGGUCCAGCAAGACUGUCGAAGAAGAGGUACCCGUAGAGGAAGAGAAAUCCGUCACUGAAAAAUCCUCAGAUGAUGAGAUCGUCGAUGAAGAAGAAGACGCUAAAGUUGAGGAAGACACCAACGAAGAUGAUAAACCAAAAACCAAGAAGGUGUCGAAAACUGUAUGGGAUUGGAUGUUGAUUAACGACAGCAAACCCAUCUGGACUCGUAAACCCAGCGAAGUGACCCAGGCAGAAUAUGACGAAUUCUACAAGAGUUUAACCAAGGACUCCAGUGAUCCCCUAAUACACACACAUUUCAUUGCUGAGGGUGAAGUUACUUUCAAGAGUUUGUUGUACAUUCCUAAAGUACAACCUUCGGAAUCUUUCAAUCGUUAUGGCACCAAAGCCGACAAUAUCAAAUUGUUCGUUCGUCGCGUCUUUAUUACUGACGAAUUCAACGACAUGAUGCCCAACUACUUGAAUUUCAUUCGUGGUAUUGUGGAUUCGGAUGAUUUGCCAUUGAAUGUUUCACGUGAAACUUUGCAACAGCAUAAACUGAUUAAGGUCAUUAAGAAGAAAUUGAUUCGCAAGGUCUUGGACAUGAUCAAGAAGAUCGAUAAAGAUGCCUAUGAGAAGUUCUGGAAGGAAUAUUCUACAAAUAUUAAACUUGGCAUCAUGGAAGAUCCUAGCAAUCGCUCUCGUCUCGCUAAGCUCUUACGCUUCCAGUCCUCGAACGGCAAAGGUAUCACCUCAUUGGCCGAGUAUGUUGAGCGCAUGAAACCCAAACAAGAAAGCAUCUACUUCAUUGCUGGAUCUAACCGCGGUGAAGUUGAGAAAUCUCCCUUCGUUGAACGUUUGUUGGCCAAGGGUUAUGAGGUUUUGUAUCUCGUUGAAGCUGUUGAUGAAUACUGUAUUUCUGCCUUGCCCGAAUUCGAUGGCAAGAAAUUCCAAAAUGUUGCCAAGGAAGGCUUCAAACUUAACGAAUCGGAAAAGAGCAAAAAUAAAUUUGAAGAAUUGAAGGCCACCUUUGAACCUUUAGUGAAAUGGUUGAAUGAAGUUGCCUUGAAGGACAAGAUUUUACGCGCCCAAGUAUCUGAACGUUUGAGCAACUCUCCCUGCGCUUUGGUCGCUGGUAUGUUCGGCUGGACCGGCAAUAUGGAGCGUUUGGCCAUGUCAAAUGCCCAUCAAAAAUCAGACGAUCCUCAACGCACCUACUACUUGAAUCAGAAGAAGACUCUGGAAAUAAAUCCCAGACAUCCAUUGAUGCGUGAAUUGCUGAGACGUGUGGAGGCCGAUGAAGCUGAUGAGAGCGCCAAGGAAAUGGCCUUAAUGAUGUUCCGUACAGCUACUUUGCGUUCCGGCUUCAUGUUGCAAGAGACCUCUGAUUUCGCUGAUACCAUCGAAAAAAUGAUGCGUCAAACAUUGGGAGUUUCUUUAGAUGAGCAAGUUGAGUUUGAUGAAGAUGAUGACGAUGACACCACAGCUGAUUCAAAUGAGGAAAACGCCUCAUCAUCUAACGAUAAUGAAGAUGACGAGGACACACAACACGAUGAACUUUAAAAAUACUAAUCUGCCUGAUAUUUGCAAAUAAGUAGCAGUCAUUUUGUGUUUUAGACUGAAUACAGUUUCGUUUAGAAGACAUUCGAAGAGAAAGAGUUCUCUUUCUUUUUUCCAUCCAUUAAGAUGUAAUCACAAUCACAUUUGUUUUUUAAACAAUUCUUAAACAUAAAAUUAAGAUUUUUUGUAAUAUUCAUUAUAAGUUAGCAUUUCUUGUAAAUUUUUUAUAAUUUAAUUUAUUUAAAAACAAAAUCAAUAACACGCCAACUUUCUUUAAGCACUUUUUAUUUUUAUUAAAGAUAAGUGGUGAUUGUUGUAUAUCAUCAAAUUAUAAAUAAAAAAAACUAUUUUCUAUGAAAAAAAAA